GGCACAUGUCUCCAUGUGUAACAUGCUAGACGUGCCAGUGCUGUCGGCGAGCAAACCCAGGCAGACAAGGCAGGAGCGUUGUGUGAACCACAGCAGGAGCUUUACACGCUUGCAUGUUAAUGGUCCCGUGUGAAGUCAAACACACGAGCUGGCAAGCCAAUUCAAUACAGGAGCCUCGAGUUAAGAGUUAUAAAAUUUGACUACUCGGAAGUGUUUUGAUACUUCGUCUACCACACGGCCAUUUAGGAGUGCAUCAUCGAAACAAUUUAUUCAAUGCAAGCACACUGGACUGGCUGACAUUAUUUGUCUUGCCAGCAGCUGUCUUACCAGCAGUCAGGCUCGCUUAAACCAAUUGCUUAUAGGCAAGGACCCUCUUCAUUACAUGGGUCCGAGUUUGAUGCAAGCCUAGAAUACGCUACAGAAUAAUCAUGAGUGUCUUUGUGGAGAAUGAGGAACCGAAUAAGCAGACAAGCCUCAAUGUCUCCCUACACAUUAAUUAUGAGCAUCUGGAAGUUCGUGCAAAUGACCGUAAAUGUAAAAAAAUGCUCGUAUUUUUACGUGGGCAGAUGUGGUGGAUGCUCAUUGUGUUUUCCACGAAGAGGUGAGUGGUUGCGCUGAGAAAUGUGUGCAUGGAUGUAUGCGCUCGUGGGACGCGUUGGGCUCGUGCUUGUAAACAUCACAGGGUCCCUGGGGGUUGUGUGAACUGCUUACAGCAUCCGCAUCCCUCCACUCAUAAAUUAUGCGGGACAUCUGUGAGAUAAGCGGGCAUUAACACAACGAAAACAUUGCGCAAAGGAGCGUGGAGAGGGUCGCGCUUGGCAUUACAGAGAGAAAGAGAAACGGAGUAGAGACGGCAGGUUAAUGACAUCUUCCAACUUAGGAAGUGAGUGGGCUUUGGCAGGACACGUCACGGCUGUAAGGUAGGGUGGACGAUGUUGAAGAAUAACAGUGGCAGACAGUGAGUAGGACGUCCACUGAAGAGGUGGAGCGAUGAAAUUAGUUCAGAUGGGUGGAUUGAUGUGUCGCAAGAUUGUGAGGUGACGGUAGAUUGGGGAGGCCUUCAUCCAGCAGUGGAUUGAUCAUGACUGAUGAAUUUGUGGUAAAUUUCCAGCGAUUGGUGGAGAGAUUGUUAUCCUGAACACGGGGGUAAGUGGGUGAGUGGUUGGAUGGGUGGCUUGAGUCAGGUGGGUGAGUGGUUGGAGACCGCGGGGUCCCCAGGUCCGAGCCUCCCUCUGCACGCAGUCACGUGGGGCGUGGCCGCGUGCAACGGGGCGCACGGGUAUGCGAGAGGGCGGCGGGAGAGGGAGUAGGUGCGUGCAGACCCCAUUAUCAACUCGUCUUCGCAUCCCUCUACACCCCGCGGCUCUCACUAGGGACGGGGUGACGAGGAGCGAACUGAGAGUCCAAGCCGCUACCUCCAGUCUUUGAUCCCUUUUCAUUUAUGAUUCGAGCAUCGGAUCCCCGGGCCACCACCGCACGUCGUUUAUUCCACCCACGUCUCUGAUUCCUGGGCGGGCGGGCGGGCAGGCGCGAUGUCUCGCUGGAUCAGAGAGCACCUGGGAGGCCUGGGCUUCGGCGGGGCGCGGAGGCCGCCACCCCCGGAGCCCCCACAGCCCGACUACAGCGCCGAGCCGGAGCUGCCCUGCUCGUACAAAGCGGUGGGACGCGCAUCACGUGGGAGAGAGAGGAGGCGUUUGUCAACUCUAAAGGGCAGAGCAGAAGCGGAGGACCUGGAUGUGACCGAGAGUCGACAGCACGGGUGUCUGGGGGAAGGCAGCUCCAGGCGGUCGGGGCAGCAGAGGAGCAGAAGCGAGCGACCUCCCAGGUUGACUGAGAGCUUCCACAGAAAGUGUUGGUUGCUGGACGGGAGUGAGAUGAGAGAAGAAAGUGGAGUGGUGCUGGUCGAGCCCGACCUGGAGCGCGUGUACAGGGCCCAGCGCGACCGCGACUUUGCCGACCCCUACACCACGACCGACCAGAGCGACGGCCUCAGAGAGAGUGGGGCCGCGAGGCCCGGCGAGGGAGAGACGAAAGAGGCCGUCAGGCCCUCGCUGCCGCCGCAACCACCACCAGGCCUGACGUCCGCAUCACCCAAACAUCGGCUCAUCCGUGUGGCCGGCAAGGUGGCAUCAUCAGAGGAGCGCGAGGACCCUGCAGAGGGACCGGCCCCCCCAACUCCGCCGUGCCCCCCCAUACAGAGCGACAUCAGCUGCAGGAAGGUGCCCAUCCUCCCUCCCUCCACGGCAGAUGUGGAGGCGAAGGAAGAGGGGAGUGUCAGGCCGCUCCCCUUGCACCACCUGUACGACACGCCCUACGAGCCCCCUUGUGCCCGGGGACUCCCCCAGCCGGAGUCCCCGGCUGGCAACGAGAGGGUGGAGGCGCCACCUGGGGACCCCGGUCGACUCGCCGAAACGGCGCCGCCGGAUCCGGACUGCGACCCACCUGCCUCCUCGAGCCCAACCCAGGCCCUGGCGCUCCUGCCCUCACACCCCUCUACACCGCACGCUCCCCCCGCCCCUUCUUCCGUUCCCUCGGAGCCCUCCUCGCAGCCCCCCGCCCGAGACAGUCGAAUGCCCAAGGAUGACGAUCGGCCUCCAGAGGAAUACGACCAGCCCUGGGAGUGGAAGCGCGACUGCAUCUCGCAGGCCUUCGCUGCGGACGUGAGCUGCACAGACGAGCUGCCGUGGCCUCCGCCAGUCGGGCAGCUGGACGGGGAAGCGGGGCCCAGCAUCAUGCCUGGCGGUCCGGAGUCAUCCGGCGAUGGGCGAGACAGCCUCCGCUCGAGCCUGGCGCACGGUGACACAGAUGCAGAGCCCGUGGGGAUGGCCGCGGAGGAGCCCCAGGGGAACCGAGCGGGGACGGACACGGCCGACCGUGCCAUGGGGCAGCAGCUCUGGUUCCAUGGAGACAUCGGCCGCGUGGAAGCCGAGCAGAUCCUGCAGCAGCACCGCACAUCCAGCUUCCUGGAGCGCCGCGGGGUUUGUGCACAUGCGUGUGUCGUGGGACCAGGGCGGCCACGUGGUGCUCGGAGGAAACUCUCCGCCCUUCGCCUCGGUUCCGGAGGCCGUCCUCUUUUACCGCGGACGGCACCUGCCGGUGCGGGGCGCCGAGCAGCUCUCCCUGCUGCACCCCGUGCCGCCGCCCUCCUCCUCCUCUGCCAUGUCGCUCGCCCAGCCUGCGCCUCGUCGCCCUCUGAGCGACGACGGCCUCUCGCUCUCCUAGAGGCCCGAGUGGCGAUCCGAGUCUGCAAUUCCGUGCCACUCGCUGCCGAGAGCAGGGGCGCCUGCCACACGGCUCGCUCUGCCUCCCCUGGGGGACGCAGAGCGCCCCGGGCACAACCGUAACAAAGGAAGUGGUACGGACAGGGAACAGAUGCAACAUCACCAGGGGCACAGGCAUGGCCCUGCCACUAGCACACGUCCUACUCUACGGCCAGCAUCUGUACUCAAGAGUGUGUGGAGGGGAGUGAGGGAGAGGUAGGCAGGAGUGAGCGUAUUCUUGUCAUUAUCUGGGAUUGAAUCUGGAGCAAGUGGAGGGACCGAGUAUCGGGAUGAUGUCUCUCAACAUGAACCCACACAACCACCAAUGCGUUUGUGUUUGACGCCGACUCGAGUGAAUAAAGCACAGAGGGAACCAUG